CGUCCCACUCUAUCAUACCUCUCUCGUCUCCUUUUUAUCCACCAUCUACAGCGUUGUCGAGUGGUCAUCUGAGUCGUGGGGAACAGUUGUUGGACUGCAACCUCUUUUUCUUUCUGCUGGAGCUCUCUUUGUUAGAAAUUUCUUCAUCUCUUCCCUCUCCUUCUUUCUUGUUUCGUUUUGUAACUGGAAAACCCUACUUUACUCUCUGAUUUGUAUCGACAUCACAAAAUGGGCUCUGAAGGAUCAAGGGUUGUCGUUCCUCGGAAUUUUAGAUUAUUGGAAGAGCUUGAGAGGGGUGAAAAAGGGAUUGGAGAUGGAACUGUCAGCUACGGAAUGGAUGAUGCUGAUGAUAUAUACAUGCAAUCUUGGACAGGGACUAUUAUUGGUCCCCCUAAUACUGUCCAUGAAGGGCGCAUCUACCAGUUGAAGCUGUUCUGUGGCAAGGACUACCCAGAUAAUCCACCAAGUGUUAGAUUCCAGACCCGGAUAAACAUGACCUGUGUCAAUCAGGAAACUGGAGUGGUUGAACCGAAUCUUUUUCCCAUGCUUUCCAAUUGGCAAAGAGAACAUACAAUGGAAGACAUAUUGACUCAGCUGAAGAAAGAGAUGAUGACCCCUCAGAACCGCAAGCUUGCUCAACCUCCUGAAGGUAAUGAAGAGGCAAGGAUCGAUCAAAAGGGGUUAGUGCUGAAGUGUUGUAUUCUCUGAGUCAGGUCAGAGUUGUAUCAAGAGGAUAAUGUAUAUAAAGUAUAUACUCUAGAUGAUUCCAACUGCUGGCUUAGUUCGGUCAAUGUGUAUGCUUGUCUCUCAAAAUAUUUCCACCAAAAUGGUGGCUAAAUAAAUGGGAACUCUUCAUUGAAUUGGCUAUGUCCAGGUUUUAUGUGCUGUAUCAAUUUUUAACUUGGUGAGAGAAGUGUGUUUGCUGUCGAUAAUUUUAAAUAUGUAGCCAAGAAUCUCUAUAAAGAGAUUGGGCAACUGCCUUUCUGUCA